ACAGGUAGGUACCUAUCAUAAAUUCAUAGUAAUUUCUGUGGUUUUUUUAAUAUUUAUUUUUUAAUUGAAUAUUGUUUGUGAUUUAUUCAAACCUCCGACUUAAUUAUUAUUAUAGAAUCGAUAAAAUAUCUACGUUAAAUAAAUUUAAACAUUUUGAUUAUGAAUUUUUCAAACUAAUUUAGGCAUUAUUGUUUCGUUUUUGAUUUUAUAUUUUGUUUACAAUUGGUUAUAGGUAAUUUAAUAUAACAUAUUUUGUUAUAAUAAUUGGUCAAAUAGAAUGUCGUCAAAUAUAAAUAAAAAUGCUCAUACUACCAAGUUAAGAGGUAAUGAAAUAUCAAUAUAUCAUUCCCAACAUCGACCAAACAAUGAUUCUGGCCGAAAGAACGAUUCUGUAGCGUCUGGUUGUUCACCGAUUUCAAAUUCAAAAAUAAUAUCUGAACCACAAAGAAAUAAAUGUGGAGGCAGAGGAAUGGCCAUUCAACAACUAUCUGAAUCUAUGUCUUCAAAAUGCAGUAUAAAAAAUUCAAAUUCGGACUUUUCAAACUCAAACAUAGAACGUUAUUUCAAGAGUCUUCAAGAAGAAAACUUAAGAAAACUUAAGGAAGAAAAUGAAAAGAUAUGGGGAAAAUGUAUACAGUCAUAUAAGAGUACAUAACAUGUAAUUGGUAAAAUACAUUGUUUAAUUGUAUAAUAUAUUAAUAAACAAACUUACACAAAAA